AAUGAAUUGCAUUAUCUCGUGAACAACGCGGCCAUAAUGUUUGCGCCCAAGAAGUUCACCGACGAUGGCUUCGAGUCUCACUUUCAGGUCAACUAUUUGGGCCACUGUUUGCUUGUGUGGGCACUGAUGCCAGUGAUGGCCGCUUCGGCCCAGCGGUGCGGCCAGAGGUCGCGUGUCGUGAACGUGAGCUCAUCGACACAUUACGCCCGAGACCUGUGUCUGAAUGACUUGCAAUCGGAAGAGAUCUACAGUCCGUUUCAUUCGUACGCUCAGUCAAAGUUGUGCCAAAUUAUGUUCACAUUCAGUCUUAACCAUUGGUUCGCAACUCAUCAACAGUACGGCCAAUACGUGUCCGUCAAUGCACUCCAUCCGGGCGUCGCCUUAACAGAGCUCUACACUAAUGUCUGGUGGGUUAAGAUCGUCCCCUCUCUGGCCAGAGCUCUCUUCAGAACAUCAAAAGAAGGCGCGGAGACUAUACUAUACGCCACCCUUUCCUCCCAAUUGGAGGGCAUUGGAGGCAAAUAUCUGGAAGACUGCGCUAUUAUACGGUCGUCCGGCUUCUCCAUCAACAGACAAUUUCAGGACCAGUUAUGGCUCAAGACUUGGAGUGCACUCAAAGACUGGACUAAAGACUUGCCAAACCCUUUGGUUGAUUAA